CCCAGCCAUUGCCUUGACGAGUCAUCGCUGGAGAGGACCCCAGAGCAGACUGAGCCGCUGAGUAACCGCUUUGAACUGGGAAUAUCACUUCAUCACCGCGGAUUUAUCGCAUCACACACGCCUUAAAGAGCAAAACGGCGGUUGCAGAAGCGGACCGGACUUCCAUGCAGAUUGUGGUUUUGCACAUUUGAGUGAAGCAGUUAUCUUUUUAGUCUGGACCCGAACGCAGACAACCAAAAAAAGAGACAGACAGACAGUAAAGUAGUACCAGAGACGCCACUACAUCGGUGAGCGAACUUGGCAUCUCUGCGCGGUGGGAGGUGUCUGUCUGUCGGCUUCGGCUCGUUGUACGUACCGCUGCCAGGGACUUCGUUCACAAAAAAGGGGUUCAUGUUUUUGUAAUUACUCCAUCUUUGUGCGUUUUUUUUUCUUCCUGCAACCAACUGUGGCUUUAAUGUGACGCACCGGGCUGACAUUAGUGCCGAGUCUCGAAGAGGAUUCCCACUGCAGAGGAGUUCAGUUAAGGCUCGUUUAUUCAAGUUUUUACCUUCAUACUUCAACGGGACCAGCACAACCAACACCAAUGUGAUAGUGACAAAGCCUCAAGAAGACCAAGCCGGUCCGGGCCAGGUGAGGCCAGGCCGCUCCAGACGGGUCAGCUGGGAGAGAGCCUCCUCACAACCUGCCGUUCUAGCUUUAAAGAGAUUCGUCUGUGGCUGUCGGCGUCUGAUUGGUCUCCAGUCCUUCCAUGUUGCCAUCAGCUGUGUCUGGAUGUCGGCAGCAGGAUGGAUUCUGGACUUGAUUUGACCGUUCACACCUCGUUGCAGCGCUGGCCACGCUCCCUGACGGACUGCCUGUCAUCCCUCGCCUCCCCAGUCUUUAAGCCCCCUCUUCUUACCUGGGGCGUCCCUCAGCCCUGUAAGGAAGGGCCUUAUAGGAACUGUAGGUCGUCUUGUUAAAACGGCUGACGCUGCAGAGAGGAAGCAGAUCUGAUAAGUCCUUACAAACUCUCACACCGAGCAGGGGCUGCUGUGUCCACUUUCCUGACACGACUAGUUGCCUUUGCGUUUUUCUGAGAGUAUCUCAAGUUGAGUUCCGAAGUUUACACAGAUAGUUUUGUCUAAUUCCUCACUUUUUCUUUUUUUAUUUACUCAAGUCCUUAUUUAUAUUUCCGUUUUCUUUCCUUUGUGGUCUGAGCCCUGCAGAAGAAUGUCCGAAAGUAGCAACAAAGCAGUAAAAUUCCUCGCCCCUCAUCCCCCGGCAUCCUCCAACUCCCCCUGCCCGUCACCUCAAACCCCCCACAAGAAUGUGAACGGCUCUGCCAGUUCAGACUCGCACGUCGUGGAGAAGAUCGGCGAGCAGCCUGAGGUGCGUCGGCGGCGCCACACCAUGGAGAGAGACUCCAAAACAGCCGAGCACCGCUUCUUCCGCCGCAGUGUUAUUUGCGACUCCAACGCCACAGCCUUGGACCUGCCCAGCAAAGCGACCGUGCUUCUGACCUCGCCCCCUGACUGCGAAGGGACUACCCUCUUCUUCUCCCCGCAGAUCUGCAGGCCCGAGGAACAAGAACCCGAGGGCGAGGAGAACGCAAGAGGAUCCUACCUGCAAAGUACCGGCCUUCAGCCUUACUCUGACCAUGGUGGGCUGGUCUCACAGGGGCAUGCACAUCAUGCUGAGGGAGAUCUAAAUGUCAUCACUGUGGCUGUUCCCACAACUAGUAGUGCUGAUUAUGGUGCAGAGGGUCCAACGAAAGAGCCAACCCCGACAGUAUUGGAUGUUACGGUUAGAGCGGCAGGCAAACAGCCUGAUGUCAAGUUGUGUGCCAGAGGGAUUGAGGAAGCACAAUGUUCGUCAAAGGACGAAAAAGUCGAUAAACCCGCACUCGAGGGGAGCAUCAGCAGCCCGAUCGAGGAGAAGGACCAGGAGACGGAGGAGGAGAGGGGGCAAGCGAAAGCGAGAGCGGAGCAGAGGGAGGCUGAGAAACGAGUGCAAGAGGACAUAGAGGAGGCAGAGACAAAGGCCGUAGGGACUUCGCCCGACGGACGCUUCCUAAAGUUCGACAUAGAGAUCGGGAGAGGGUCUUUCAAGACCGUGUACAAGGGACUGGAUACGGAGACGACGGUGGAAGUGGCAUGGUGCGAGCUGCAGGAGGGAUUCAGGAAGCUAAAUACAAGGCAGUCAUGAAGGAAAACCUGUUAGGGAAGCUGCAGAAGAGUCAAUAUUGUUGAAAUUUUGUUUUCAUGGGUUCCAUCAGCUACAUUUUUUUCCCCAGGCGAAAACGAGACAAAUUAUAUAAAAACCUCUCUAGUAAGAUUCAAACAGAUAAAAGUGAUCAAGCUUUUUUGUCAACUCAUACAAACGAGUCUAGUUUGCUGGAAGUGAGAUCAAAUCUAAUCCAAUCUAAUUUUGGACAAGUGGAAAAUGCAUCUCAAAUUGGAAAAUUAGCCAGUGAGACUCCAUUUUUGUUAUAAGUGCAUAUAGUAUUUUCAGAUUUUUAUCUUUUGAAACCAAAUCUAAAGGAAGUUGUCUGUGUGGCAAAAUCUGCCUUUAAUUCAACUCCAUCCAAGGAUUACUUCAUAAUUUAGUCAGCUAAACCGCGCAAAAUUCACAGCGGUUGAGAAAAACCCCGGCUGCUGCUAUUUCAGUGAAAGAGGAUUCUACAUAGUGUCGACUCAGGGCAUGUAAAUACUUCCACUUUAUGUUCACAAGCU